GGGGACGCGCUGGCGGGCCAUGGCGGACCUCACUCUGUGCGCGUUCCUCACCAAGGUGCUGUGUGCUCACGGCGGCCGCAUGUUCCUGCAGGACCUGCGCGGCCACGUGGAGCUGUCGGAGGCGAAGCUGCGGGCCGUGCUGCGGCGCGCGGGUCCAGAGCGCUUCCUGCUGCAGGAGGUGGAGCUGCGCGACGGCCCGUGGGACGCAGAGGCCGAGGUGGCGGCGGGCGAGGGCGCGGGCGCGGGCUCAGGCGGCGGCGCCACGGCCUGCAGGGUGAUGGCCGUGUCCUCCGCGCGCCUCUGCGCCCGCUACCAGCGCGGGGAGUGUCAGGGCUGCGACCAGCUGCACUUGUGUCGCCGCCACAUGCUGGGCAAGUGCCCCCACCGCGACUGCUGGUCUACCUGUUCUCUGUCCCAUGAUAUCCACACACCUAUCAACGUCCAAGUCCUGAAAAGCCGGGGGCUUUUUGGCCUCAAUGAAGGGCAGCUGCGAAUCCUGCUUUUGCAGAACGACCCCUGCCUUUUCCCAGAGGUCUGUCAGAUGUACAACAAAGGUGUCGAUGUCCUUUAUGGCUACUGCAGCCUCAAGGAUAGAUGCAACAAGUUUCACGUGUGCAAAUCCUUUGUGCGAGGUGAAUGCCCCUUUCAGCCCUGCAAACGCUCCCACCAGCUCAUCCAUGCUGCCACCCUCAAGUUGCUAGAGGACCAAGAACUUAGUGUUUCAAGCGUCGUGAAUUUCCAGAUAAUCUCUGUCUACAGACAUAAGAAGUUGCACAAGAUGCUUGAAGAGAAAGACCACUCGGCUUCUACUGAGCAACCACAAGGCCUUGGGAAACAAGGAGCCCUCGGGGCUGUGGAAGCCAGGCCUUUCCUCCCUGCCCGUGCUCAGUCGCCCAGGAAGCCCCAAUAAACCUGAACGAGCUUCGGAGGAAGUGAGAAGCCCCUGUCCAUCUUGGAGGAUCAGAAGCAAGACUUUUGCUGAGCUGCAGUUUUUAGCCGGUCUUUCUCUCCCUCACUUAGUAUCAUUGGCAACUGUAAUACCUACCUCACAACUAACUGAUCGCCAGGACCCAGGGUGGAAACGAAAAUACACUUGCGGCUGAGGGCUGAGGUUGGACCUGGAGCCAGCCAAGAGAGGGUAAAUUCUGAGCACGUAAUCCAGGGUGAAUCCUGAAGCUGUAGUCUCUCUCUGCAGCCCCUGAAUGCCUUCGAGCCUCAAUGGAGGGCAGGUUUCUUCUGCUGUCUGCUAGGUCCCGCUGGUGUUUUCUAGACUCCAUUUACAUAGCUUAUGUUAUGGACAUCACAGUUUGUGAACUCUGUAUUGUUUGUUACUUGGGCUUAUACUUAGUUCCUUUUUUGCAAAGAAUUGUUAAUAUAAGUGUAAUCACCUCCCUUAUUCUGUAAUAUUUCAUACUCCUAACAGUGUUUGAAUAUCUCAUUUUGUAUCUGUGCAGUAUUGAAUUUAAAAGCCAAUUUGUACCUUUGCUUGGCUUGUAGGUGCUAAACAAUACUGUUUUCUGAUACAUAUUUCUUUAACUGUCUGUGUGGAUAACCUCUGUCCCUGCUUUCUGUGUCUCUUGCUUGAUUUUGUGAAUUUCCCAUGUUGCAUUUUGUGGCUUGGGCCCUCUGUGCUGUCAUCAAUACUGUGUUCAUAAUAUUCAAGUUUCUGGGUCCAUCCUCAGUCAGCAACCCAGCUAAUGAUCUCUGGACUCUGCUCGGAGGUUUCUACCUCACCCCACCCCUCUCUCAUCCUCUAUCGAGCCUAUCAGAGCUCAGCUGCUCUAUCCUGAAGGAUGUGUGGUUCACUCCUUCCAGUUAUAUCUCCCCGGUGUGGAUGGGACAGACCAUCAGGAAUCCAUAUAUACCUUGCCCAUUUCGUGGUCUCUCCCUCCCUCCUCCCUCUCCCCUCCUCUCCUUCUCCCUCUCUCUCCUCCGUCCUCCCUCUUCCCUCCUCCCUUCCCUCCUCCCUUCCUCCAGCCUCUCUGUACCCACUCAUCCUGUUGUUUUCAGUGUGUGCUUUGCUGAUAUUUGUUGUGGUCAUGUUCCCCAAUGUAACUGUGUAAAAAGAUUUGUGUUUCUUUCCAUAACGUGACAUUUGAGAAAUAGGAGCAAUUUAGUAAGUUUUCAUAAAGCCAAACUUACCUUAUUUGGAGAAACUUUUAUCAUGAUACCAAUGGAUCAAAGGAGAGGAGGGAUGUAAAAGUGUCCUUUCCAAACCAGUUUCCUCUUAGUGGACAGUAAGCUCGCGGACUUAGGGCUUCUCACUUCAGUUGUCAGUAACAGUACUUCUGAGAUUGUGUUUUAUAUUCUUUUCUUUCUUUUAAAAUUCAAGUUGUGACAUUUUUUUCCUAGUGGUAUUUGUGUGUGUGUGUGUGUGUGUGUGUGUGUUUGUGUGUGUGUUUGUGUGUGUGUUUAUGCAUUGGGAUCAAACCAAGGGCCUUGCCCAUGUGAAACAAAGUCCUCCACCAGCAAGGUACAUCUAAGUCCUGGACUAAACUUUAAAGUAAAAUUUUAGUCCAGUCCCAGUGGUGCAGGCCUUUAAUCCCAGCACUCCAGAGGCAGAGGCAAGCAGAUCUGUGAGUUCAAGACUGCCUGAUGUACAGAGUGAGUUCCAGGCUAGUCAGAGCUGCACAGUGAGACCCUGCCUCAAAAGAAAUUGCAUUUAAUUAUUAUUACUAUUUACACUCUGUCAUUUUCCUAUAUGUAUUUUGCUGUAAGCCAUCUUAAAUCCUUGAUGGGAUGGGGUGGCUCAGUGUGUUCUCUUUCCAUCAAUAGACGUGGUAGCUCUUACAGUGGUAGCUCUUAUAGUAUUGCUUUCUCAUGUGUCUCACCAGCAUGCUCUCAGAUAUGAUGUUCCUGGUCUGUAACCAUUGUUGCAACAUUUUAUUCAAGUCCAUAGUAUUUCAUUUUAAGUUUUAGUUCUUUUGGGAAUUUAGUCUACAAAAUUAUCUUUUUGUGUAUAUGAUACUGGGAAUGGGCCUGUGGCUCAUGAGCACUAGGCAAGUGUGCUCUACCUCUGAGCUGUAUUCUCAGCACUCAAAUUAUGUUAUGUAAGUGUUACCAGAUCGAGUCUGGCUGCUCACCCCAUGCUGGGCAGAUAAAGUUAAGAGAUGUGGUACUGAGGGAAGAGGGUGAUUUUAUUCACAAACCUUCGUAGAAAGGAAGGAUGGGGGUGUUUGGAGCCUGCUCGCUGGGGAGCUAACUUGGGGUCAGUUUACACUAGUGGGUGAUGGCUGACCUUGGGCACUCUCUCGCGGUGCGUGGGCCAGAGAAUGCGCAGCUCUUUGCUUUGUCUUGUGUUUUCAUUUCUUCAUGUCUCAGAAACAGAGCAGUGUUUCCUUGGACUUUACUUUUCAAAUUAGUUCCACAGCACACAGGGAAAUGACUCCCGGGGUGGAGAGGUCCUGAGCCCUCCCCCCCCCUUGUGUAAUGAGCGAACUAGGCUUCAUGAUCACGCCCCCAACCGAUAGUUCAAGUGGAGCCUUGUCACUUUACUGCACAAACUUCUCUAGCUCUAACACGAGAAUUCUCUGAGGACUCUCAGGAAUCGCAACCGGUUUCCUCCAGCCCUCCCCCCACCUCAUUCUGAGACCAUUAUCCAGUCAUUUGACUUAAGACAACAAGUUAUUGAUUGUCCUUAUUAUCUUUUCCUCAUUCCAUGGCAAAUCUGUUUCCAAGUGUUGGAAGUUCUUUCCCCCUCAGAAACCUUCUAAAGGGUCAGUUUUCCUUACCUCUCUCCACCUUCAGACACUGCCCUGGUGCACACCCCCACCUCUCCCUGCCUUGGUAUACACACACACAAAACUGUCACUGCCUUUGUGCACACUUCUCUUAUGUAUUUCAUAGGCACAUUACUCAAUGAUGUCCAGGUUAAUUGUUGAGUUUUUUUGUUUGUUUUGUUUUUGUUUUUUGGUAUGAGGUGCUGGGUAGGCUCUUAUACCCAUGGUAGCCAUGGUAGCCGCAUUUAAAUAUUGAUAUAGUUGGCCUUUGAAGAUUUCAUUUACUCUCUCUCAUUUAUUUGUUGACACGGUCUCAUGCAGCCCGGGCUAGUCUCGAACUCACUAUGUAGCUCAGGCUGGGUUUGAACUCCUUAUCCCCUGGCCUCUAUCUCCCAUGAGGUGGGGGUGUCGGUGAUGCUACCACAUCUGCCUCUAAAGUGGCUUGUGUUUCCCUGCUUUUAAAUACGUUUUACUUAUUUACUAUACGUGUUGUGUUUACGUUUUACUUAUUUACUAUACGUGUUGUGUUUAGGCUUACGGAUGUAGUGAUGUGUGUGGUUCGGUGAUGUAUAUGUGGAGGUCAGAGGUCGCCUCCCUGUUGUCAGUUCUCGCCUUCCAUAUGUGGGAGGUGGCUUUAGACUUGUAAUCCUGCUGCUCCUUAAGUGCUAGGGUCACAGGUGUGGGACACACCAGGCUCUCUCCUCUUCUCCCUGCCUCCAUUCCAGCUGCCUGAUCUUUUGGAAGCAAACCUAAGGAUAUUGCAGUUCUGUUUCUCCUGCCGAAAUUUUCAUCGGCCUCCAUCACGCAGGGCAAGCAUCCUACGUUAGGAUGCACAGGGGCAGAGCAACAGGUAAAUGGGGGUAAGGAAGAAGGGCUGUGGCAAGCUGUCCCAACAGUGGUGGUUCCUCACUUUGGGUUUCUAUCCGGGGAUAUGGACCCAGAUCUCCAUAUUGUUCCGUUUUUCAGAAGAAGCCAGAAAUACAGAUUUUUGUGAGAUAUGACUUUGGUGAUUAGGUAUUACCUUUUUUGGUUGAGUUUUAGGAACAAAAAGGUUAGAGUCUGCUGUUGUGGAACAUGCCUAUAAUUCCAGCACUUAAAAGCUGGAGGCAGAAGGAGCCAGAGUUGAAGGCCAGUCUUCAUAACACAGUGAGUUAGAGGCUGGCCCAGCUACUAGAAACCAUGACUCAAAAAAACAAACAAGACAGAUGCCAAAAUUUCCACCAACUUGAAUUUUUUGGAAUAUAUUUCAUCUUAUUACUCUUGUUUGGUUGGUUAGUUGUUUUUGUUUUUCUUUUGAGGCAAGGUAUUCUAGGCUGGUCUUGAACUCAGUAUGUAGUCUACAUUUUGGAUCCUCCUGCCCCCACCUCCUAAGUGUUGACAUUACUGGCAUUUGCUACCAUGCCCCACUUACUCAGUGCUAGGGAUUGAAGAUGGGACUUGAUCAUGUAAGCAAGCACUCUGCCUCCCGAGGCACAUCCUCAGGCCUAGCCCUGGACUCAGUCUUUAAAUGCUGUUGCCUCUUCUGUAAACAUAAUCACUACUUCCCUCACUGUGCCUCAAAGCCUGGCAAAAUUACAAUUGUCAAGAGUCACAAUAACCCUUACUGACCCUGAAAAGGUGGUUUGUAGACCUCCAGCUUAUACCUCACGCUCCAUCCAAAGCUUUGGUUUUGAGCAAAACCAUUAAUUAUUCCUCGUGGCAAUCCUGACACUUAGAAGUUAGAACACUUCUUGUCAGAUACUGAAUAAGUUGAUUCAGAAUAUGCUAAUUUUCAUUGUUUUGUUUGCUUGGUUUUGGUUUUAUAGGUUUUAUGAUUUUGUUUUGUUUUUGAAACAGGGUUUCUCUAUGUAAUGGAGCCCUGGCUGUCCUAGACUCACUCUGUAGACCAGGCUGGCCUUGAACUCACAGAAGCCUACCUGUCUCUGUCAUUGCCUUUGUGCCCCACACUCUACCUGAGUGCUGGGAUUAAAGGUGUGUGCCACCACUUCUGGCUCUGAUUUUGUUUUUUUUUUUUUUAUUUAAAAAAAAAAAAAGUCAGGGUCUCACUGUAGCCCUGACUGGCCUGGAACUCAUUAUGUAGACCAGGUAGGCUGGAGGCAUCUGCUAGGUCUAUAGGUGUUCAUGUUCACCACCACACUCAUGAUCACCACAACCCUCAGUUCAGGUCCUUUAUUUAAAAAAAAAUGCUUACACUUUCUUUUUUUCCUAUUGAGGGUGCUGUAUGAUGCAAGUAAUUGAAUCACUGAAGUUUAGAGUCAACUUCUGUUCAUGAAGUGGGUUGCCCAUCAAGGAUGCUCUCCGUCCCACAUCAGUGUGUCCCGAUUUUCCUCACUGUGUUUUUUUAUAUAUAUAUAAAUUUAUUAUGCUAGUUCUUUCCUGAUUAUUUUGUGUUUGUGUUGCUAUUCUCUAUGGGGAUCUCUCUGGAGUACUGCUAACUUUUAAGAUGAAUGGUUAGUUGUAAUAACUGGAGAUGGCCUGUCUGUCUGAAUAGAAAAUCAUAGCUACAAAGUGAUGUGUUAUGGAGCUCCAUCAUUUCAUGUUUAAUACAAAUAAAAGUAUUUUUGGUAUUUCUUCAUUAGAGUUAGUUGUUAGCUUCACUCUAUUCUUACUUGUUGGAAGCUGAAGACUUGAUAAAGUGACUCAGUCUUUUAAUAUCUUCACACCUUGCAUGAUUGAUUGCAUUCAAUGUUUUUAUAAUAUUGAAACAUCCUUAAAUUUAUAAUAAAUCAGCUCUGUGUGACUAUGGCAUAUACUCUUGGCAUUUUUUUUUUUCUGUUUGCAAUUCACUGAGAUUCAUAAAUAAAACUCAUUUGUAUCUU